AUGAUGGCGGAGAGGAGGAGUCGUGAAUCCAGAGGGAUGAUCGAGACGCGCGAAUCGAAAGGCGUCAACGUCCAACGUAGAAACGUGUCAGCGCUCACGGUCACGGCACAGAUACGUCGUAGGUCAAGAGAUCGCGGCGCGGUUUUGCAAAAAGGCAAAAAGUCGAAACGUACCUGUCAUACACGCCGUUCUCUCGCUCCUUCUCCCGCUCUACAUGUGGCUUCUCUUUCACGCUCUUUCUCGCUCUUUCUCUCUCUCUGUCCCCCUGUUUGGUCAGGGCCAUGCGUCAUCGGCGCAGAAUCGCUGCGCUUUGGAGGAACGUGGACGGUGGCGAAGAAAGAGCGUAGCAGGGCCAGCGUAGACAGCAGCGAACAGCACCGUGCGCUCAGAUAUUUGGCGGGCUCGAAAAUAGCAACAGCGUUGUCCUCUAUGGUGUUCGCUGCACUCCCUCCUUCUUCUUCUCCUCCUCCUUCUUCUCCUCUUCUUCUUCUUCUUCCUCUUCUUCCUCUUCUUCUUCUUCUUCUUCUUCUUGGUCCGCGCGCCACUGGCAGCCUCGAACCGCCCGGUAACUCGCUCGGUCGCUUCACCAGUUCGCACUUUUAUAUACCACGCACUCGUUCCCGCUUGUCACUUUGCUUUUCCGCGAUGCGUCGUCGUGUCUCGUCGUUGUUCCUUUCGUUGCGAUCGCUUUCCGCCUUUUUCUCUCACUCGAUCACCAGCUGCGUGUAUCUCCGGAUGCCACUCGCGACGCGAUUAUCACGUCGAUACCACGCUCGACGACCGUUUCCACCAUUAGAUAACUUCGAGUUACGAGUUCGCCCUCGAGCACGUAUCUUAUGCUCGAGCUUAUCGAAUCGAGACGGUCACCAACCAGCCUUCUUCCUCCACCUCGUAAAUCUUCCCCCGUAAAUCUCGCGGAAAUCUAUCCUCCUAUCCCCAGCUUUUCCUUCCUAGCUGGCCUCAAACACUCGUCGUCCACCGUUCCAUUUCUCUUCCCUUCGGCAUUCCUUCGCCCUAACCUAACCACCCGCUAGCUUCGAUUCCCCGUAAGCACCGACAUGUCUCUCCAAAUAUACAUAUACAUAUAUAUAUAUAUACCGUGUAGAAACGUGUAGAAACGACACGAUCGAUUUCCACCCGUCGACGACGAUACCACCUAUCCGAGAUAUUUGGCAGUGAUCGAUUCGAGUGAUAAUAAUAAUGAUAAUAAUAAUAAUAAUAACAACAAUAAUAAUAAUA